GUUUCUUUCUGUCGCGAACUCGGACGGAGAGGAAGAUUAGAAUGAAGAUAAAAAGCAUGCACAUCCCAGCCAACGUCGAAGAUGGAAACAGACCAAAUCACACAGCUCUUCUGCUAUCCUGAGUUCUUCUCGAACAAGUGAAACCGAUCUACAUUGCUCCACUUCACAGAAACCCACCAAUCAGUCCCAAUGCGCAGCGUCCAGACGAUCGCGUUCUUUGGCGCCAGUACCGGCGUCGGCCUCGCAGCCCUCAAGCACACUCUUCUCUCCGGAGACCGCGCAAUCGCCCUUUGUCGGGAUCCCUCCAAGCUGGCAGGCAUUGUCUCUGACGAUUCAAACCUCAAGAUCGUUAAGGGAGAUGCACACGAUGUCGCAGCCGUGUCAAAAUGCCUACAACGUGAGGACGGCAAACUAGUCGACGCCGUCAUCACCACCAUCGGAUCAAAACCCGUCAUGAACGGAAUCUUCCUCACCCUCGAGGACCCCGAGGUGUGCCAAAAAGGCAUGAAGACGCUACUCGAGGCCUUGGAUCAACGCCGCCGCGACGGUGUCUCCGGCAGUCCGUACAUCGUCGCCUGCAGCACCACAGGAACGUCUCGAUUCGGCCGCGACUACCCACUCGCCUUGUUCCCAGUGUACGACUACCUGCUGAGGGUUCCGGCGGCGGACAAGAAAGCCAUGGAAGACCUUCUCGUGGCGAGUCAGGAAACCUAUACCAUUGUUCGACCGAGCAGACUGGUUGACGGCGUAACGACCAAGCAAGUUCGCGUGGGUAUCGAGGACCCUCAGACGGGGCCGAUCUACAAGGCUAUUGGAUAUAGUAUCUCCAGGGAGGACUCGGGGCGGUGGAUUGCCCAAAACCUCGUCCUAAAGAGAGACACUGUGUUUUAUAACAAGAUUGCCUCGAUUACGAACUAAACGACCAUGAGAUGGGAUUGGGACGGCUUUUUAUGUAUGGUAUUAGAGUGCAUUUAUUUGUUGGUAUAUGUUAGAAGCGCAUGUAUAACUCUGG